UGGAACUGAUAUUAAUUGUAUUGGGGGCUCUCUUGAUCAUGGAAGUUGGACUUCUGAAUGUGAUGCUAAUACGAUUGAUACUACAUUAUACAAUGGCACAAGUGUAACUUUUGCCAGUCAAUCAGAUGAAGCACUUAUUCCAAUUGAAGGUUCAGCUAGUUUUAUUAUUGGAGGCAGCUAUUUAUUUGUUCUCUCCUGGAAAAAUCCAGUUAUUGGAAAAAAUUCAUAUAGUGUUCUAUUUGAACCUGAAGCAGCACCCUAUGUUGUUGAAUUGAUUGGGGGAAAGGGUACCAACGCGCUUUCAUUUAUUACCAUCACACCAGCAUCAGAAUAA